CAGUGAACGCUGCACGCUAAGAGACCAAAGCCGGUGCAGGCACCUGUCAUCAGUCUCAACGGUGGGGCGACACUAGCUGGUGUGGAAAGAGCUUCCCAAGCUUUUCAAGUUCCCCUCAACCACCCUUUUUGGUGUGUCGGUUCAUCCCACACCAACUGCCCGUGCUUCACCGUCCCUUGUAUCCGUCUGUGACUUUUGUGUUUGCAGGUCCUAUUUAACAACCACCUAACCACUCGCCCCCCUCGGUCCUCGGUUUGGUUCCAGCCAACUGCAAACAUCCUUCCCUCUCCUAGAAUCAAAGGUUUUGCUCUCCAUAUUCAACUUAAUCGCUUCAAAACAACAUGUCGAACAGUCUGCCCCCAGUCUACAUUGCGGCUGUUGCCAGGACACCCGUGGGGUCGUUCCUUGGAUCUCUUUCUAGCUUGAGCGCUACCCAGCUCGGGUCCCAUGCCAUUAAGUCUGCCGUCUCGCGUGUGCCAGAGAUCAAGCCUGAGGAUGUAGAGGAGGUCUUCUUUGGAAAUGUGCUUUCGGCCAACGUCGGCCAAGCACCCGCAAGGCAGUGCGCCAUCGGCGCCGGUCUCUCAAACUCAGUCUCCUGCACCACGGUCAACAAGGUCUGCGCCUCGGGUAUGAAGGCCAUCAUCCUGGGUGCACAGACCAUCAUGACGGGCAACGCCUCCAUCGUCGUGGCCGGUGGUACCGAGUCCAUGUCCAACACCCCCCACUACCUUGCCACCUCGCGCUCUGGCACCAAGUACGGCGACCAGACCUUGAUCGACGGCAUACAAAAGGACGGUCUGCGUGACGCCUACGGCAAGAAGGAGCUCAUGGGCGUUGCCGCGGAGCUGUGCAGCGUCGACCAUGAGCUCUCGCGUGAGGCUCAGGACGAAUACGCCAUCAAGUGCUACCAGAAGGCCCAGGCCGCUACCGAGGCCGGCGUUUUCAAGGCCGAGAUCGCCCCAAUUGAGGUUAGCGGCGGUCGCGGUAAGCCCAACGUCACAGUCGACCGCGACGAGGAGGUCAAGAACCUGAACAUCGACAAGCUCAAGUCUGCCCGCCCGGCCUUCCAGACCACCGGCGGCACCGUGACGGCCCCCAACGCCUCGCCGAUCAACGACGGCGCUGCUGCCGUUGUUCUGGUAUCCGAGGCCAAGCUCAAGGAGCUCGGCAUCAAGCCUCUGGCCAAGAUUCUUGGUUGGGGUGAUGCUGCCCGCGAGCCCGAGCGUUUCACCACCGCUCCGGCCCUGGCCAUACCCAAGGCCAUCAAGCACGCCGGUAUUGAGCAGAAGGACGUCGACUUUUACGAGAUCAACGAGGCAUUCUCGGUUGUGGCACUCGCUAACAUGAAGCUUCUGAACCUUAACCCCGAGACCGUCAACGUCUUUGGUGGCUCCGUGGCCAUCGGCCACCCUCUGGGCUGCUCUGGUGCCCGCAUUGUUGCCACCCUUACCACGGUCCUCAAGGAGAAGAAGGGCAAGAUUGGAUGCGCUGGUAUCUGCAACGGUGGCGGCGGUGCUUCGGCCAUUGUGAUUGAAAACCUGCAGUAGGAACGGUGGCAGAGGUCCAAUCUCUGAUUAAUACCCAACAACAACACAUACUGAAGCCAAGUGUUCAUAAGACUGCCUCAAACGGUAAAACAUCACCUUACAUAUUCCCUAUUUUACCUUGUGGAAUCAAAUAUAGUCCCAGGCGAUUUUUUUGCAGAUUAUGAUCGAGACGAGGACCUCAACAGAGUAUAAAGAAGAAAAAAAAAUAACAAAAGCACAUCACUAAAGAUUCGACGUAGUCUGCUACCAGUAUAUCACAGAUUACUG